AUGACAAAAGCCAUCAGAGGGAUUCAAUCCAAAGCUCCCUCCCAUCGUAUCCUCAUUGCCGGACCUCUCGCUGCUACUGUUGUGACUUUUGAGCUGCGAUCCACACCCGCCCUUCUCCCACUGCUGGAUCUAGCGACGUACCCCGGUCAGAUCAUCUUCGGUAUGCAUCAGUACUUCGAUAUCCUGAACGGGGGAACCAAGGACUGUCUCACCUGGAUCCUGUUUGAGCCUUUCUUCAAGACGGCGACGGACAAUCUGCGCAAACAUAAGGCUACCGCUAUGUUGACGGAGUUUGGUGGAGGGCCGAACGAUGCUUGCGCCAAGAUCAUCGAUAAGAUGUUGACGUUUUUCGACGCGAACAGUGAUGUCUGGGUUGGUUGGACGGCCUGGAGUAAUAUGUAUGGUGAUCAGGUUAUUAGUCGGAAUAGUAGUAGUGAGUAUUAUGCUUUGACUAAGGUGAUGGAUAAGUAUGCACCGUUGAAAUAG